CCGCCGCCUCCUCCUCCUCCUCCUCCGUAACAUGUCGGGACAGUCUUUGACCGACCGGAUCGCCGCCGCACAGCACAGCAUGACCGGGUCUGCCAUCAGCAAAGCCGUCUGCAAGGCCACGACGCACGAAGUCAGCGGACCCAAGAAGAAACACCUUGACUACCUGAUCCACUGCACCAAUGAGCUGAACGUCAGCAUCCCCCACCUGGCAGACACACUGCUGGAGCGCACAACUAGCAACAGCUGGAUUGUGGUUUUUAAAGCGCUCAUCACCACACACCACCUCAUGAUGUACGGCAAUGAGAGAUUGAUGCAGUACCUUGCCUCCAGGAAUACACUCUUCAACCUCAACAACUUUCUAGAUAAGGCUGCACUACAAGGGUAUAACAUGUCAACUUUCAUCAGACGCUACAGCCGCUACCUGAAUGAAAAAGCCAUGUCUUACAGACUAGCAGCGGUGGACUUCACAAAAAUGAAGAGAGGGGCUGAUGGUGUGAUGCGCACCAUGAACACAGAGAAGCUGAUUAAGACUUUGCCCAUCAUUCAGAACCAGCUGGAUGCACUGCUGGAUUUCCAGCCAAACUCCAACGAGCUGACGAACGGAGUGAUCAACACAGCCUUCAUGUUGCUGUUUAAAGACUCCAUACGGUUGUUUGCCGCUUAUAACGAAGGCGUCAUCAACAUGUUGGAGAAAUACUUUGACAUGAAGAAGAACCAGUGCAAAGAAGCUUUGGAGAUCUACAAGACCUUCCUCAACAGGAUGACCAAACUGUCCGAGUUUCUCAAAGUGGCGGAGCGAGUUGGGAUAGAUCAGGGCGACAGCCCCGAUCUCACACAGGCUCCCAGCUCUCUCCUGGAGGCUCUGGAGCAGCAUCUAGCCUCUCUGGAAGGCAGGAAGCUGAAGGACCUCUCCACCGCCAGCAGAUCCAGCACCUUGUCCAGUGCAGUGUCAUCUCUCUCCAGCACGGGGAUCUCUCUCAGCCGUAUGGAAGACAAGACGGAGGACAACCGACUGCAGCAACACAAGGAGGACGGUCACAAAGUGAUCGACAUUCAGACACCUAACGUGUCACCUAGCACCCAAUCAGUGGGCAGUGCCAACAGCAGCGGAGGGGCCACAGAUCUCUUCUCUAACUCACCUAUUGUACCCAUCAACAACCAUGUGCCAAACCUGACUAGUGAGCUGUUCACCCUGCAGCCUAACUUCACCCCCAUCCAGACCACACACACUGUGCCCAACAACAACAACGCCUGGGGAGGUGACUUGCUAAAGCCAUCCCCACCCACUCAAAUUCACAGUCCUGGAGCCCCGUUGCACUCUGGGAAGAUGCUGCCCAAUGAUUUGGACUCAUCCUUAGCCAACCUUGUUGGCAACCUGCAGUUUGGGGGGACGCCAGCUAAAAAGCCAGAGCUCCAGUGGAGUCAGCUGGUAGAGAAGAAGCCAACAGGUGGUAGCGGCUGGCAAUCGAAGACCAUGUGCACCAGCACCAACUGGACUCACACCACCCAUCCCAUGGCACCUGCACCCAUGCCCGUUCCUCAGAUGAAUGGGAUGAUCUAUACUGGCUAUGCUCCAGCACCAGUGGCUUUUCCUAUGACGACACCCCAAGUGCCUGUGUAUGGAAUGCUCCCUCCUCAGAUGAAUCAUCAGAUGGGGGGCGUUCCCAUGAUGCCCCCACAGCCUGUCAUGUAUAACCAGCCUGUCCUGAGACCCACCAAUCCUUUUGGACCCAUCCCAGGAACACAGAUGCACUUCAUGUAGGGGAUGAUGUUGUAACCAUGGCAGCAAAGCUGGGAGAGAGAAGGCGAGAGGAAAGAGACAGAGAGAAAGAGUCGGCAGCAAACGCAAAUCCAGAACCAAAAUCCAGCGCAGGGGAAAGAAAGAAGAGGGCAGAGAGGAAGAAAAAAGGGAGGGGAGAGGACGAAGGAGAGAGAAGGACCAGAGGAUGGAUAGAAGAUGAAACGCUGAUGUCAGUUUCCAUGUCACCUGACCCUCUAAUCUCCUCUCCUCUCUCCAUGUGGCUACUGAUCUCUCUGUCUUUGAAUCUAUAGUGCUGGGGCACCAGAGGCUCUGCAUUAGUCCCACUCAUCCUCUGCUUGAUUUGCCAGUUCAAAUGGCAAUUACGACCUGUGAUGACACUAUGAGGACUGACAGCUCGUUGGAAGUGCAGAAGCUCUUUUGCCAUUUCCCCCCCGCCCCUCACCCCCUCAUACUGAUAAUUUCCUGUAUAAAGGCUUACCCGCAUCUCUCUCCAUCCCUCAGCUGAAUCAAACUUGGAGGACACACGCUCUUUCUCUGAUUGGAUCGUUUGCUGGCACUUUACUCUAUGUGACCUUUGCCAAGGGUGUAUUUCUGUGUAGGUGAUUUUUAGCAUCUUGUUCCGAUUGGUUCCCGGUAACGUGUCAUCCAUCCAUCACCUGAUGUCAGAAGUUAUUGAUUUGAAUGCGUGCGUGUGAAUGUGUGUCUGCGCGUGCGUGCGUUCCUUUUUCUACAUUUCAGCGUGCUGCAUCCACGCAUCCAUUUGAGUCUUUUUAUGAGCUCCAUUUGUUCUUAAUUGCCAAUUUCACAGAGAGAAUCGGGCGUAAAACAAUUGGCACGCUUGUGUGAUUGUGGAUGGACGUGGAGCUGUGUAGGGUGUGCUACUGCGUGUGUUUCUCUUUUGGUACCUGAUGUCAUUAAUGUGUUGCCAGGUACCAACGUGUUACUGCACUGGAACUAACUGAUGAAAGCACUGAGCCAGACCCAGGCAUCACAUUUGGAUGUAAACAAACCUCCGCUACUUGGGGACGUGAUGUACACACUGUGUUUCGUUUCGUUUUUUGGGGUUUUUUGCCCUCUUCUACAGCCGUGCAAUAUCAUGCAAUCUCAUUAUACACCCAUUUGUAGCCCGGUUAGAAGCCUUUUUCUGCUGUAGUGUCACAGUUCCUGUAUGUCCACAUGAGAUUUCUGUACAGAAUACUGUUGAUUUUUUUUUCCUCUUGUUUUCUAAGCUGUUCUGUUAACAACUGAACUGCUCUAAAAGUUGUGAAAAAUGCACUGAGAGCCACACAGAGGUGAGUUGACAUUAGGUGAAUUUCAAUCUAGCAAUCAGAAAUGGUCCAACUCCCAGCUGUAUGAUAUCCUCCCUGUCCUGAGCAUUUGUCCUGUCCAAAAUUAGCCUCCUGUCAAGUCCUUAUCACCCCCACCCUACCCACCCCCCAAAAAUAAUAAAAUUUAAAAAAAAAAAAAACUGGAUGAGGGUAGAAGUCUCACCUCCACUGGGAGGAUUUAAAGACAGCCACUGAGAAGCAAGUUAUUAAUGUAGAGUGGAACGUUUAUGGACAGGACAGCUAAAGGUCAGUCUGGAGCGUCAAGUGAACGACAGCAGUGGAAAGCAGCUGAGGGUAAUGUCUGUCGAUCACGGCCCGAGCAAAGCCCGCAGCAACGGCGCGCAGAUUAAUUCGGACAGCCAGAGACAGGGAGGCUCUAAUGAGACAUUAAAUGUUAAUGUGGAUUUUCUAGGAGAUCCAAGGUCGAGUUAGACUCACAGUCAGAUGAUAUAUAUAAAAAUAUAUAUAGCACAAACCUUCAAAGAGGGGACAAUGCUCUGCUGCACAAAAACCUAAAAUCAUUGCUGGGAUGUACAGUCGAAAGGGGCAAUAAUCGAUUGGGUAUGAAGUCGUUUUUUUUAUUGGUUGUGUCCGUUCUAUGUACAUGUACUGUAUGUGUGUUUGUGUGCACAUGCCUUCCCAUAGAGAUAAACAGGGUCAUGUUCCUCGGUUAGAGGUUACACAUCUCUAUCGAGCUGGUAGCUUGUACUAACUUAGCAAUGAGUGUUAUUGUGACCGUGUCUGUACAACAUCACAUCAUUUUAAGGUGGCUCUAGGUUCACUCAUCUGCUGAAAAACGCAAAAAACGGGGGGAAAAAGAAAGCCCCAAGUCAUCAGAUGUGGAAUCUGUCAAAGUGAGUCUGAAGCAAAGUUCUCCAAAAAGCUGGAGGUGCACAGGCUGGUGAUUUCUAACAAAAAAAAUUGCAACUGUAACUGCUGGCUAUGUAAAAACCAGUCUCACCACAGCUACAACUCUACUACCAGCAGAGAGAGAUUUGUGCUAGGAAUCACCGGGCAGGCAGAUGUUCUCUUCGAGGUUUCACUUUUGAAUGAGCAUAAAUGUAAGAGGUCAGCUGAGAUUUGGGUAUUUCCUUCGGGAAACUGUCGCACCAUUACUCCUUGUUGCAGUUAUUUGUCGUUCUCCGUCAGAUGAAUGAGCUUUUCAUUGUGCACUUCACUCCCACCAACAGAGCUCGAUCCAUCCUGGGCCAACCUCUGACUGUUACUGUGUCCUCUGUAUAUAGGUAAUGCUGUUCAUGUGUUUUUAGACGUGCUCUCUCUCUCUCUCUCUGUAAAGUGAUCGAAGCCCCAUUGGAUGACGUACUGUACGUGGGACAAUUUAUUGCUGUAUCUGUGUUUGAAUGGUUGUACUUUGAAGGUGUCAUCA